AUGACCGACUUCUACGGCGACGACGCCGCGUGCGCGAAGCAAGCUGCGGACGAGGCGCUUUGCCUGCUCUUUGCCGCUCUUCAUAUCCCGGAGCAUCACGCGGACCACCCACUCUGGCGGAACGCAGUCUCCAGCAUCGCGCGCGCGGGGACGGGUUACGUGCCGCCGAAGAGACGCUACAUCGGUGGCGCUGGUCUUGCAAAAUGUCGCCAGCGCAUUGAGGCGGCACUCGGUCCGAUCGCUGCAAGCUGGCGUCGUGACGGCGUCACCGUUGCAAGCGACAUGUUCUCUGACAAGGCCGGCCGCCCGCAAGCCAAUGUGCUCCUCAUCAACGAUAGCGGAGCCGUGUUCGUGGAGUCGAUCGACACGAAGAUGGAGAUGAAGACCGGCGGCUACAUCGCGGGCAUCUUGCGCCCCGUCAUCGAGAAGGUUGGCGCGGAGAAUGUCGUCGCCUUGUGUUUUGACGGCGGCUCCAAUUACGCGGCGGCCUGCAGGGAGCUGAUGACGGAGUAUCCCCACAUCGAACACAUCCCUUGCGCGACCCAUGUCCUUGAUCUCCUGAUGGAGGACAUCGGGAAAAUUGGAUGGGCGAAGGACAUCGUCACGCGCGGGGACACCAUCAUCUCGUUCGUCCGCAACCAUCACUUCACCCGCGGCUACAUGCGGAGCAAGCUCGUGAACGGCGGCAAGGGAAGCAGCGAUGAGUGGCUCGAGUGGACGACGGCUGCAAAGAGGGUUGGGGCAGAUACUUUCAAGAGCAACAUCCUCGAUGACACGUGGUGGACGCGCGCGGAGUUCUUCGCGAAGCUGAUGAAGCUUCCGUUCGUUGUCAUGCGCAAGACGGACUCGGAUGCAAAGGGCAUGAUGGGUCGUCUCUACGACCUCAUGCUCCAGCUCACCGAGGACAUCCGCGACUUCCUCGACGAGCACGCAGAAGGGGUCCUGACAAGGGGAGAGGUGGGAGAUAUUCGGAAGAUCGUGCAGGACCGCUGGGACAACCGGCUGGCGUGCGACAUGCACGUGGUUGGUCGCAUCCUCAACCCCACCAACCAGGAAGAGGGCAUCUUCCGCCAUGACCUCGAGUGCACGAGGGUCUUCAAGAAGUUCGUGUCCAAGCACUUCGACGACCAGACCAUCACCAGGAAGGACGGGGUCGAGCGCCGUGCCUCCCUCGUCAUCCAGGAAGGCCUCACUGCCUUCCUAAACCUGACGGGCUGCUUCGGCAUGCCCGACGCUAUUGCCGACCGUGCGGCAGUGAAGGAGGGCAAGAUGACCGCGGUGGCCUGGUGGUCGUGGCACGGGACCGAACAUCCCGAGCUCACCACGCUUGCUUGCCGCAUGCUCACGCAGCCGGUGUCCGCGUCACCAUGCGAGCGGAACUGGGCGAAGUUUGAUGCCGUGCAUAUGGCACGCCGGAACCGUCUCGGCGCGGAGAAGCUUCGGGACCUCGUUGCCUCCGAAUUCCCACUUUCUGCCUUCCGAUCUCCCUUUCUUGCCUCCCUGUUCCGAUCUUCCCUUCCCUCUUUCCCCAAUUCCCCUUUCCUCCACCGCAAUUCCCCUUCCCGUGUCAUGAUUACCCCUUCCCGCCUCCCCGGUUUUCCUUCCCGCCGCGCAUUUCCCCUUUCCGCCUCCCCGAUUCCCAUUCCCGCUCCCAGUAUCCCCUUCACACAUUUGCGUUUCCCCUUCCCGCACCCCAUUUCCCCUUCCCGCCUCCCCGUUUCGCAUUCCCGCUCUCCCACAUUCGCGUUUCCCCUUCACGGUCCCCAUUACCCCUUCCCACUUCCCCGUUUCCCCUUCCCGCUCCCCGUUUCCCCUUCUCGCUCCCCGUUUCCCCAUCCCACCUUCCCGUUUCCCCUUCCCGCUCCCCAUUAUCCCUCCCCGCCUCCCCGUUUCCCCUUCUCGCCUCCUCGUUUUCCCUACCCGCCUCCCCGUCUCCCUCUCGUUUCUCCACCUUCUCCCUCUCGAUUCCCCCCUUCCUCCUCUCGUUUACCCCCCUCCCCCCUCUCAUGUCCCCCCUUUCUCCUUCUCAUUUUUCGCCAUUCUCCCCCUCAUUCCCCCCCCCGUUCUCAAGCUCACUUCCCCCCUUUCUCCCUCCCAUUUCCCCGGAUGUGCCCCCUCAUUCCCCCCCCCUCCCCUUUCCCCCUCUCGUUUCCCCCCCCAUUCACCUGCUCAUUUCCUCCCCUUCUGCCUCCUAUUGCCCCAUUCGCUGCCUCUCAUUUUCGCCCCUUCUCCCUCUUAUUCACCCCCCCUUCUCCCUCUCGUUUCCCCACCUUCUCCCUCUCGUUUCCCCCUUUCGUCUACCCCCCUCCCCCCUCUCAUGUCCCCCCUUUCUCCUUCUCAUUUUUCCCCAUUCUCCGUCUCAUUUCCCCCCCCCCCCCCCCCCCCCACUUCUCAAGCUCACCUACCCCCUUUCUCCCUCUUAGCUCCUCUCUUCUUACGCCCUGCUUCCCCCUUUACUCUCUCGUCCCUACACCCUUCAUUCCCCUCUCCGCUCUCUGCCUUAUACGCUUCUACCUCCUUUCCCCUCUCUGUCUUACACCCCUCUUGAUCUAUUCUCCACUCUGCCUCCCUUCUUCCACCUUUCCCCUCUCUACUCCACACCCUUCUUCUCCCACCAUGCGUUCUCCCCCUUAUAUCCUGCUAAACCCCAUUUCCCUCUCUUCCCUACACCCUGCUUCCCCCUCUCUCUUCUCUGCCUUACGCCCUGCUUUCCCCUUUCCCCUAUCUUCCCUACACCCUUCUUCCCUCUUUCUACCCGCACUGCUUCCCUUUUUCCCUAUCUCCCUUUCCCUCUUUCACCCUGCUUCUCCCGUACCCCUCUUCCGUACCCCCUUCUGCCCCCACCUUGCGUCCUCUCUUUUUACGCCCUGCUUCCCCCUGUCCCCUCUCUGCCUUACGCCCUUUUUCCCCCUCUCUCCACUCUGCUUUACCCCCCGCUUCCCCGUUACCCCUAACCCGCCUCCCCGUUUCCCCUUCCCGCCUCCCCAUUACCCCUUCCCACCUCCCCGUUUCCCCUUCCCACUCCCCAUUACCCCUGCCCGCUUCCCCCUAUCCCUUCGCGCCUCCCCGUUUCCCCUUCCCGCCUCCCCAAUUCCCCUUCCCGCUUCCCCAUUACCCCUUCCCGCCUCCCCGUUUCCCUUUCCCUCCUCCCCAAUUCUCCUUCCCGCCUCCCCAUUUCCUCUUCCCUCCAUGCCCUCGUAA